AUGGUUUUAAAGAAGAAGAAGGAAAUUCAGGUAGAUGCAUUCUUUCUUGAUCAUCAGCAGCUUGAAAAACUUCAGAGGUUUUCAAAGGCUGAAGAGCAAAACCUGGCAUCUCUGCUUCUGCACUGCGCACAGCUGAGCAAUGGCAUCCAGCAGAUCCAGUGUAUUAAACAAAUUAUGCCAUUGGUAAAGAAGAUGGAUCAAAACUCUGCAUGUGAUCCCAUGGUUAAAGCUUGUUUGGAUGUUUUGGGAGAGACAUAUUUUUCACUGGGUGCGAAGAAUCCCUUGAAAAAAGUAUUAGCAAGUUCACUAAACAGUCUUCCUGAAGAGUUUAUGACGUUAGCUGUACAAAGCUUUGUAUGCUGCCUUAGGGAAGAACUGAAAACCACAGACAUAUAUUUGUACAGAAAAGUACUGGACAACCUUGCUUCCUGUAUGGAGGACUUCAGCUUAGGUAGAGCAAGUAUUAAGAACCUGUUUGAAGAAGUUCUUCAGUUUCUGCAGAAGUCACUACCUGACAUACAGGAAGAAAACAGGCAAAAUCAUGGAAAUCGUAUUGUUCAGACUCAGUUGAUGCAUGAUUUACUGAUAGCCAUUAAAGUUUCAAUGAUGCUUGUACAGAAACUACAAGAAUAUACCCAGGGAAGUCUUUGGAAACACCAUGAUUCUUUUAUUUGGCAAAGUAUGUGCAGUUUACUGAAAAGCUCCACAAACUUCCUAAUGGAUGCAACUCUCCUGCAAACUGUUCAGACUACUUCAGGACUGGCUGUUAUUCUGUUUACUAAAGCUAUGUACGAGCCAGUUGAAGAAUUACCUUCCUUGGUCAGCGACUUGCUUCUUGGGUCAAUGAAACACACAGGCGUGCCAGCGUGGUUUGUGAGUAACUGUGGGACUCUGUGUACAGAAGAACUCCCUGACUCGGUCCUUCUCUUUCUUUGCCAUGGAGCACUGGCUAUGCUGGAAUGGAAGAAUGGCAGCAUGGGUGAAAAUGGAGAGAAACUAUUACUAGAUAUCGCAUCAGUCUUGUUGUCUUUGAGUUCAGAGUUAAAAGAAUCCAGUAUGGCAACGUCUUUGUCUAGAAUCCUUGCCAUUUGGACUAAUUCAGCACUGGCUGCCCUUGUUUCAAGCUCCCCAAAUCUAAAAAUCAAACUUAAUGGGAACUCGGACUUAAUUGGGAAGCUGCUGGAAUACGUUUAUACACACUGGGAACACCCUCUGGAUGCUGUUAGACACCAAACCAAAUUGAUAUUCAAGAAUCUUCUUCAGAUACACCGAACUACCAUUACUGGAUCCAAUGAAAAAUCAGACCCAUUCUUUGCAAGGCUGAUAAAGCGUUUACUAAGCUUGGAAUGGCAUGUAAAAGGGAAAUACACUUCUCUUGGCUGUCUUGUGGAGUGUGUGGGCACUGAAAAUAUUCUACAGUUGGACAGAACAAUUCCAGUACAAAUCUUGGACGUGAUGUAUGAUCAGUCUCUUGCACCCUAUGCUAGUGAUCUUUUGGAAACCAUGUUUACAAAUCAUAAAGCCCAUUUUGCUUUGAGUUUUCAAGAAAGCACCUGGAUUGACCAGUGGCAUGACAUCUGGGUUUCUCCUCUUCUAGUAAUACUGUGUGAAGGGAACCACGACCAAACUACUUAUAUAAUAGAUUACUAUUUACCAAAAUUGCUUAAAUGUAGCCCUGACAGUCUGAGCUACAUGAUUAGAAUUCUUCAGGCUUCUGCAGAUGCUAAUCUAGGCUCUAGCAGUACUAGAGGAGCUCUUGGAGCAUUAAUGGCAUGCCUAAGAACAGCCAGGGCUCACGGACACCUGGAACUUUCAAAUAUCAUGAACAAUGGUCUUGUAUCCACUGAAUGUAUAAAACUGGGUCUAGUUCAUCAGCACAAUCAGGUUUGCAUUGAUGCUUUAGGUUUACUUUGUGAAACCCAUCGUAGCACGGAAAUUGUGUCUAUGGAAGAAAUGCAACUAAUUCAAUUUUUUAUGAUGUACAACUUGAACAGCCAGUCUCCUUCAGUAAGGCAACAGAUAGGUUCUUUACUGAGAAAGUUAUUUUGUAGGAUACAAGAAAGUUCCCAGGUGCUUUAUAAAUUGGAGCAAAAUAAAACCAAGCAAGAGUUACUUGAAAACUCAACUAAAAGGCAUCCUUUGGGGAUCUUGCAGCAAUAUAAAGAUUUCAUGUCAUCUGUAUGUGACAGACUUUUUGAGGUACUGUUUCCUGGUUCAUCACACCCAACCAGAUUUUCUGCACUAACGAUUUUAGGAUCAGUAGCAGAAAUAUUUUCUGUUCCAAAAGGCCAGGCACAAGUUUUUCAGUUGGAUCAGGAGAUAGAUUCUACUCGUGUCCAAACUUUGAUCCAGUGUUUUGCCAGUACUUUUGAGGAAGUAAAAGUUCUGGCAUUUGGGCUUUUGAUGAAACUACGUGAUGUUGCAUUUAAUUUACAGGAUUCUGAAAAUCUGGAUCUCCUAUUCCAAGCAGCAAUGGAUCUUAGCACAAGUACCAAGCCAUACGAUUGUGUCACUGCUUCAUAUUUGUUCAACUUUUUAGUACAUCAUAAAGGACUACAGCAUAUUUGUUUAGGAAAAUGGAUUGAGCAUAACCCCCAAAUGGAUGAAAACACAUCAGAAAGUACAGUGGAGAAGAACACUUUAGCAGUUAUCAAGCUUUUGUUGGUGAAUGUUGAAGAAGAAAUAUUUCAAGCUAAGAAGUCUCUGCUUCAAGCAGCAGCAUCAUUCCCAAUGUAUGGAAGAGUGCAUUGUAUAACUGGGGCUUUGAAGCAAUUACCUUUUAAUAACUUGACAUUGGUAGCUGAAUGGAAGGAAAUGGUGGCCAGGCUCAUUCUGAUGUCAUACCAACUCUCUGCUGUAGUAUCACCAGUAGUGCAGAGCUCAUCACCAGAGGGUCUUAUUCCAAUGGAUAGUGAUUCAGAAAGUGCAGGUCGUCUGCAGAUGAUUCUGCAUGAGAUACAACCACAGGACACGAAUGAUUAUUUUAUGCAAGCAAAGAUUUUGAAAGAACACUGCAAAGUAGAGUCUGAAAAGCUGGCUGACCACAGGCCAAUGGAAAAUAUUUGCACAGAAAUGAGAGGUAAAGAAAAGCAAACAUGUGAUGUCACAGCUCAGAUGGUUCUUGUAUGUUGCUGGAGAAGCAUGAAGGAAGUAUCUCUGCUCUUAGGGACACUGUGUAAACUUUUGCCUUCACAGGCUACAUGUGAACCUUCGGAUGGGUUGAUUACUGUAGAACAGGUUAAAAAUAUUGGGGAUUACUUUAAACAUCAUCUGCUGCAGUCAAGGCACAGGGGUGCAUUUGAAUUGGCAUACGCUGGCUUUGUGCAACUUACGGAAAUGCUUUCCAGAUGUAACAGUGAGAGUCUGCGCAACAUGCCAGAGCAGUGGCUAAGCUGUGUGUUAGAAGAAAUCAAAUCUUGUGAUCCUUCAUCUACACUGUGUGCAACCAGACGUAGUGCGGGAAUUCCAUUCUACAUACAGGCUUUGUUAGCUUCAGAACCAAAGAAGAGCAAAACAGAUUUGCUGAAAAUGACAAUGAAAGAAUUGAUAUCUUUGGCUGCACCUUUGAAUGAAUCAAGUGUAAUUCCACAGGUUCAUGCUUUAAAUAUCCUUCGGGCACUGUUUAGGGAUACACGUUUAGGUGAAAACAUCAUGCCUUAUGUUGCAGAUGGAAUACAAGCAGCAAUUCUAGGUUUUAUGUCACCUGUCUGGGCAGUAAGAAAUUCAUCUACACUUCUUUUUAGUGCUCUGAUUACAAGAAUUUUUGGGGUUAAAAGAGGGAAGGAUGAAAAUUCCAAAAAAAAUAGAAUGACAGGAAGGGAGUUUUUCUCUCGGUUUCCAAGUCUUUAUCCUUUCCUUCUCAAGCAGUUGGAGGUUGUAACCAAUACUUUGAACAGUGAAGCCGAAGAGUUGAAAAUCCAUCCAAGCCUCUUCCUUUUGCUUUUAAUCCUGGGAAGGCUGUAUCCAUCUCCAAUGGAUGGCACAUACUCAGCACUCAGCAUGGCACCAUUUGUCCCAUUUAUUAUAAGGUGUGGGCACUCUCCUGUGUACCGUUCACGUGAGAUGUCAGGUCGGGCCCUUGUUCCAUUUGUUAUGGUAAAUGAAGUACCACAUACAGUGCUGUCCUUGCUGGAGGGGCUUCCAGACUUUACCAGUCCUUGCAUACGACAGAACAAUAUUCAUGGAACGCUUCUGCAAGUUUUUCACUUGCUGCAGUCGUACUUGGCAUCAAAACAGCUCGUUAGUUCGGACUUUCAGCAGGGACUGGGUGACAUCAUUACCUGUGUAGGAACCAAACUGUGGUUGGCUAAAAGGCCAAAUCCUUGUUUGGUGACCAGAGCUGCCUAUCUUGAUGUCCUUGUGAUGCUGAGUACUCACCUGCGGAAUUCUCAGAAGCAAGGAAUGCAAUUGUUUGGAUUUUGGGAAGAGAUGAACAGAGUUAUUUCAGAUUCUGAAUUGGUGUCCGGUAUUCCCUACUCAUCUGCAAUACCAGGACUGAUACAGUAUCUUCAGAGCAUCACGAAACUUGUAAUAUCAGUACUGUCGGUGACUGCAGGUCCUGACAUCCAGAGCAGCAGUUCACCUGUUGCAAAGAAAAUAGCCAAGCCAUCAUUGUCAAUAGUUCAUCUCCUUCACUGUGAGUUUCAUGAAGUACGUUUGCUUGCAUUGGAAGCAAUACUGCUGUGGUUGAAGCAAAUAAAUUCCAAGCAGAUUGCAGAAGAAGGUGGUGUGUUGUAUUUACUCAUUGAUUUGGAAGGCACUCUUCUCACAAUGGCUCUGAAGGAGAAGAAUCUCCAGUGUUUUUGCAAGGUGCUGGAAAUUCUUCAUAAUAUGGAUCUUAGAAAUGUGCUUCCAAAGACUGAAUGCUCUAUAAAAAUGAAUCCAAAUGAGCUCUUAACCUGGAGUUUAAACAUUGUAGAUAUCUCCGACAGCACUGAAGUUCAAAGCAUAGCUCUCAAAUUUGCCUCCAAGUUGGUUAUCCAUCUUUUGCAGGACCAUCAGCAGAUUUCAGAAGAAGUCCUGAAAAAAUGGGUUCAACUGGUAGUUUAUUUUUGUGGAGAUGAGCAACAGACAGAGAUGCUGUUAGCAGCUGCUGAAGUUCUUAAAAGUAUAACAACAUUUAUUCUGAUCAAUGAGAAGCUCAUUCUUGGACUGUCUGAUACCCUUGCUAUGUGGAAAUGUGUGGUUCUACUGCUGCAGAAUGAAGAUUUGGUGGUAAGGGAUGCUGCUGCUGAGGUUAUACAAGUGGCACAGUCUGAAAAAAAGACGAGUAAAGGAACAGAGUUUGCACUUAGGAUAGUGAAUGCUCCAAUGGCCUUGGAUUUAGCAUUCGGCAUACUGUGUGAGCUGCUCCAGCGGUGGGGGGAGAUCCGUGCCGGUGUACCGAUCCUGCUGGAGUGGCUGCUGGGAGACAGCGAUCUGAAAAGAGACUCAGAGACUUCAGCCCCGGAAGAAGAUGAUUACCUGUUUGAUAAAGGGGAAGUGAAUUUUUGGGCAGAGAAGUUGACUCAUGUCAGGCAACUUAGUAAGCACCUUUUACAGCUUAUAUCAAUGACUCAUCUAACGUUACCAGAUCACGGAGAACUUAAUCGACUAUCAAGAAUAGCACUGGACCAAGCCCAGCUCGUUGGACACUUUCUUAGAGCACUACCUCUGACUCCAGAAUUUUCCAAAACUGCAGAAUUCACAAGAUUGGCUAUUCAAAAUGAGAGACUAUCGGUCUGCCUUAAAAUAUUAAAUCUGCUGAAGUCUGAUGAUACUUGCAAAAAUGAAAAUCUGGAAAAUUUUCUGGGAACUGAAAUUGGAUUUCAAUAUGAAAACGAGACAUCGAAA